GUUGUGAUAAACUUAUUAAAUAGAUGUAAAUAUGGUGGAAAACACUGCCUCUUUCAAACUACUCCAGGAUGGGUAUGAAGGAGUGGCUCUGACAAAAAUGUUCCCCGCUAAGGGAUUCUACCCCUCUACAUCCAGUGGGGGUGGGGCAUGGUAUGCGGCUAAACUACUAGACGAGCAGCAGAGGGUGGGAAAGGAGAGUAGAGAGACGGCUCUUCAAGUGCGCAGUUAUUCUCGUCUGAAGAAGGAGAGGGUAAGAAUGGCCAAACUGAAGAGACUGUACGAGCAGGGACAGAUGGAUGAGAAUGAGAUGCCGAUUGAAGAGACUCAGAGUCAAGUUGACGAGAGGGAGACACACUUGGACGGGUUCUAUUUGUUGCGCACCCAUGGAGUGAGUGACCCUGGAGAUUUGAGUGCCAUCGACAUCUCCGCAAGACCACUCGAAACUGCCAAUGAUGAGGAUAUGGAGUUAUUUGAGAAUGUUAUUUACAUCAAUGCAGCUGAGACUCUGCUACCAUUUGAAACCUUCAACCACUUCCCCUCCCUCCGAGAACUAGAGACCCCCCUGUGCGCCAUCAGAUCCAUCCGAGUCAACAUGAACGACUUCGACUGUCUCGAACUCCUAGACCUCUCCUACAACAACCUCUCGCCUGAAGAUGUGGCUUCCCUCUCUAUUCUGCCCAAAUUGAAGGCACUGUACUUGACAGGGAAUGAGUUGACCUAUCUGCCGGAGUCACUUUGUUCCAAUGUCAAGUUCAAGUCAGAUGAAAAUUCGGCUGCAAGCGCAGUCGAAGUUGAAGCUUUCCAAAACUUGGAAGUUCUUCACCUAGACGACAACCGAUUCCAAGACGCUAACACGAUUGCGAUCCUAGCUGGGCUAAGACAUCUGAAAUACCUUUCUCUGGAUAACAACUCAAUCAGCGCUGUUCCUCAUAUAAAGAUCAAGAAAGGAAAGCCAAUUGAAAGAGUUCACGUGAAUGCGGUCGAAUUCAACGUGAAUGAUAACGAUGACGAAUUAGACGAUGACACAAUCAGCGGCAAAAGUCAGAAUCUUCUAGAAGGAAUCGAUGACAUAACUGCGGCCAAUGAAGGUUCAUUGAGUGAUGCGAAAUUGACCAAUAGUCUCACAGGAGUUGAUUUGACUGCUAAUUCUAGCGGUCAAAAUGGAAACAAAGUCGAAGGGUCUAUAGGCCGAACGAUUCCAGAGGAAAGUGAAUCAAACGAAGAGGGAACAGUGGUUCCGGUGAACAGUUUGAUCAACUCCACAGGGGCAGAAAAGAGUGAAGGUGAAAGUCAAGAGCAGAUUCUAACGGCGUUUGAAGAGUUGCGUAUUUUCAGCAUCGCAAACAACCAGAUUGCGAGUGAGGACGGAGUGUUGCCUGUGGUGGGGUGGCCCAUGUUGCAGCAGGUGAACAUAGCGGGCAAUCCACUGGUGGCCAAACACAAUGGGGAGCCCCCUCUGCUGAACAGAUACCUCACCAACAGACUAGGAAUCACACUCAAACGAUUUGACUUGCCACAGAAAUCGAAAGUGCCUCACGAUCCAAUCAUUGACAACCCGACAUCGAAACCGCCUACUCACAGAAGGAUUCCAGAAGUUGUGCCUCCCAAAAAACGACAACCCAUUGACUUCAUGGCCAUCGAGUAUCCAGGGGUGUUUGAUCCCCUUCCCAGCAAGGAAAACACUCUGGAAAUGAUUGAAACAAGGAGGAGGAAUCUACACCAGCAGUUUAUUCCAGAAGUCAACCAUGAGGCAGUUCCUCCGUCAUUGCGAGCCAUGUCCGCCAAUCAGAAUGCGCCCUUGCCUCCGAUUAGUUCGACCAAUCAGAAUGGAGAGGAGAGUUUGAGGCCCCAAAGUGGACCCGAUAACAUGCAACACAUGAGAUUUGCUCCGAGUGAGAUGGAGAGACUGGCCACUGAAGAUGUCCUCAUUCCCAAAGGGGGUUACCAGAGACCCAAAAUGGCACCCAUAGUAGACGAGGAGGGAGAGGGAGGGGAGGCUACCGAGGAAGACCAGGAGAAUUUCUUCAUGACUCAGAUUGACGAUGAAUAUGCAGAAGGUGGAUCGAAUCGUUCUCAACAAGGACAGAAUGGGGAAAGAGUCACAGGCUCUAAACAGACUGGAGGUUCGAAGAGCUCUAGCAAAAAAGGAGCUUACCGGUUAUUGUAUCAAACUAACGAGGAUGAGGAGAAAUUUUCACUCAAUUUACCUAAAGACGUGCAGAGCAAUGUGAAGGCGUUGAAGUAUGCUCUGAAACACCCAGUGUCCUUCAGUGAUGCGCCUGCUUCCCAUGAGAGGAUCAUGCAUCUAUACCAGCCAGACAAAUACAAGAGGCCCUCUAAGCCGAAGAAAGUGCAACAGUCGAAGGCUGAUUUGUUUUACGACACUCUUUCUGACCUGAAACACAGAGUGGCAUACGUGGAAACUAACUUGGAAAAGGCUUUAGUCGAGACAACCAACGACUCCAGGAGGGCGAAAGAAGUUAACACACUUGUGAAAGAGAUCCAACAAAACUACAAGAACUCGUCUGGCAGCAAAGCGGUGAAAUUAUAGAUGUGAUGGAGUAAAAGAGAGAAGCACUUCCGCAUAGAGAUCUAUCUACUUACUUAGUUAAAUUGUCAAUUGUACAUUUGUAAAAAGAAUCCAGAUUGUAUAUUACUUGAAAUCAAAUUCAAAUUUAUCAAGAU